AUGUUUCUGGUUAUAUGGGCGGGUAAGUCUGAAAUGUCACAACAUCAACUAUCUAUCGAUCGUUCGGUUGCGAUUUCAUUGUCCAAACUUCCACAAAGACAUUUUUUAAAUAUUGAGAACUAUCGCUUCAAGAUUCGUUUAAGUAAUCUAUUACAUUUAAAUGUUGGUAACAAACCUACUAAAAAGUAAGAAUUUGAUCGCAUAACUGGCAUAUCAUCUCUGUGAAAAGAUUUGACUUAGAGAUUCAGACUUUCGCGUUUAAAAUAUAAGCUGGCAGUCUUGCCGAUCAAAAAACUACUGAGAAGUUAUGAAUAUGUGAAAAAAACUAAUGCUUAAAUGUUCCACUGUUUUACUGCCAUAUUUUCUUUUUGUUCGGUUCAAACAGUUUGUUAAGAAGUUCAAUUUCAUUUUCACUCUGCAUGGAAGCGAUCUGGACGGUAGCGUGACCGAAAUGGAAUUGAAAUUGACAUCUGUACUUUAUUCAUAAUAAACGAUCGCGAUCACAGUGUCUUUUCGAUUGACUACGCAGUAGUUUUUUACAUAACUUGAACAUAAUUUGUCGGUUUACUUCAGAUUCGAUAAAUGAAGUGAAAGAGUUAAAUCACAAUUCCGUCGUGCUGUCAUUUUCAUGUCUCCUUGAAUUUGCAUUUAAGCGGCAUUUGGGUGUAAUAAUUAACAACCGGUGCGUGACAAAUCAGUCUAGUGUCGCCUUUAUAGGAACCUGUACAGAGUUUCCGCUAUUAUUAACGGGUUUUUUUCUUUGUACUUUAGUUCUGUUUUUGUCAACUACUUCUGAAGUGUCCUUAGGAGGUAGGUUGUUUCUCUCUCACUCUUGCAAAUUAUUUGUGAAAAACGAUACAAAUAUCUCAGAUUGUCACAAAUACUACGUACAGCGCUGUUUUUUUUUUGUCUAAGUUACUAAAUUCGGACACUUUUAUAUAAAGAUAUUAAAUGUAGCACAGUCUCUUAAACAGACGGCGUUGAUGAAAGUAACGUGAGCAUGCUCGUGUGAUUCUUGCCCUGCGUUUGUUGCUUCAGGGUCAACGAGAUGAAAUAUUUUUCUGGCUUCGGUUAUUCAUUACGUAAGCGUUCUGCAGGUGAAGGAUUCUGAGCGAAGUAUUAAAGCCGAGUGUAGCCUGCAUACUUGGCGCAUGAAAAAUGUAUAGUGCAAAUUACAAAGGUACAGAAUGGGCCAUGACGUGUGAGAGAUGGACAUAUCCACCGCUCAUGCGCGUAUCGUUUGUCUCUAUCCCCAUAUUUAAUUUUAAAAACUGCGUCUGCAACGCAUACCACCUUGACACGGUCCGGGGUAAGGUAAAUGACAGGUGGGGAUGUCGUAUUCCUCCCUUCGCCCCAGAUGAGACUUGCCUUAUAUUGCCCCCGCCAGCAGGAAUGGAAUGGUUCGGUAAUUUAUUUGUGGUGUCAAUAUUAAUUUAAUAAUACCGAAAGGUCCGUCAACAAAUCGAGCAGCAUAUCUGAGCGAGAUGCACUCUUCCUCUCUGUCCCAAUGACUUUUCACAAAAAAACUUUUAAAAAGACCGUUCUGUCACCGAUCAUGCUAUCACUUUAACCACUUAGAAUUUUUGACAGAGAGACUAGUAGUAUAUUCGUUGACUCUCCUUGUCCAGGUAAAAUUUCCUUUAUUUUUCUGCCUGUCCUCAUACAGACUAGAAUUCUUAGAACUCUAUAAGUCGCAUUUAAGAAUUUUAGACAGUGUCGUUUUAAAUAAGGUGUGGAUAUCAGAUUCACCUCUUUUACAAAGUAUGCUUGGUCUCACAACCUUUCGCGCUGGCGUAGGUGACUAGCUCAGGUUAUAACACUCACAUAAUCCAUUUUUUUUUGCUCCUAGUUUGUAGAGAGGACCAUAAGCUUCUUACAGAGCUUUCCGGUCAGUUAUCCAGCCCUGAUCAGGGUAAAUCUGGUUUCUGUACUUGGCUGAUAACUGUUCCUAAGGAUCUAAGGAUUAUUCUCUAUUUCGAAUCAUAUAACAUUGACGGUACCGGCUCUAACCUGACAUGCGGAAGCCAAAGAACCCGCAUAGAGCUAAAAGACAGUUUUGGCGACCAACCCUGGAAAACCUACUGCCAAAGUAAAAUGCCGCAGGCAGUUGCAACUAACAAAAGUUCACUCUUAGUGAACUUCAGUUUGUCAGAAAGCGAUCAUAAGAGUUGGUUCACAGCGAAAUAUACAACGCUACCAUUUGAAAAGAGUAAGUACAUUUAAAAUAUGAAUGGUUAAAAUUAUGUUACACUGAAUUGCUAGUAUUCGUUCCCCAGGUCCGGUCCGCACUGAAGUGCUGGCAGAAGCUUAUUGGGGCAGGUCAACCCCCAUUAUUUCCUGUGUGUUGUAGCUAUCUUAACUUUAACGCAGUGGAAGAUUGGGGAAACAAAAGCUUGCUGUGAGCUGUGUUUUAGAAUAACAAUAACCCUUCAAUGGUGAAGAUAAUUCCACUUUUUCCCGUUUUAUCCUUCCCCCUUUUGUGUAAAAUUCUCUCUUGUGGUAAUUUGAUUUCUUCCGGCAUCGAUACUUUCUAUGACUGUUAAAUCCUCCCCAUCCUCACCCCAUUCGUUCUUGAAUUAGUGAACUAAGCAGUUUAGAUAAUACCGUAUUUUUUCGAUUAAGCGCCCAACCUCGAAUUAGCGCCCACCUCGAAUAAGCGCCCAUCCUAAAGGCAGAAAAUGUUAAUAAGCGCCCAGCCUCGAAUAAGCGCCCACUCUCAAGGUCCAAAAAUUUAAUAAGCGCCCAGGGCGGUUAAUGGAAUAAAUACGGUAAUACGGUUUUUUGUUGUAGAGGUUGAUCUGGGCGAGGUCUCAGGCGCGGAGAUCUCUAGUCCAAUGUAUCCAGGUAGAUACCCGAGGAAUUCGUACUUCAAGUGGUCGGUGGUUGCUCCCUCGGGAUUUCGCAUCAAGAUACAAUUCACAAAGGUGAAAAUAUCUAGCCAUUACUCUGAUUGCCGGGAAGAUAGUGUGAUGUUGCUAGAUGGGUCGUCCGAGGAGAGCAAAGUUUUAGAUACAAUCUGCGGUGAAAGAAUCGUUCAACCGGUGUACUACACCUCUGGAAACAGCUUGACAGUGGAGUUCAGAUCUGCUGUUGGAGAAUCAAAUUAUGACAGCAAUGGAUUCAAGGCCACUCUUUCCAAAGGUAAUUAAAUUUUUUUUAAUUCUUCGAUUUCUUUUCCUCAUUAGGACGUUAGGGUCCCGGAGAAGUGUAUCAGUCAGGGGCGUAGCCAGGAUUUUUCAAAAGGGGGGUCACAGAGGCUACUCACCAGAUUGUCAUGUCGACUUCCACGCCCAUAUUAACUAAAGACAAGAGCCGUUGACGAAAAUACUUUUAAAAAAAACAAAUUUUAAAAAAGUGGGCUUUUCAACAAUGGCUUUUAUGGCCAAGAUAUUGUCAUGGCGUUUUCGCCACNCCCCCCCCCCCCCCUUAGCUACGCCCCGGUCAGUCCGUCAAUGACCCUGGUAGGUUCGUUACAUUACAAGUUUAGUCUCUCGGGGGGUCGUGACGAUCUCCUGGUUCAGGUUCACGUGAACUCCAGUAGUAAACAUGCCUGUGCCUGUAACAUGCCUCUCAAUAUCUUGUAUUUUGUCAUUUCAAAAUAAAGUGUAUGUUCUAGUGACUUGUCAUACCUAGGGUCCAUAAUGGGCUAAAAACCAAUCACCGUGUUGAGCAAACACUUAUGAUACCAGUGCAGGGGCACAAAAAUAAUAAGGUAACAUACAGACUUUGAGAAUUACGCUCUAACUGAUGUCUGGUCUUUUCAUUUCUCGGAAAGAGUCUACACAGAUUUUAGAACGAAAGGUCCUGUAGAGAGGCCAUAGAGGUCUUUAAUUGACGUCGGUAACUCGUAACAGUAUUUAAACUGACAAGCCUGAGGCCGAGGGUGCGCUCAUUUUAGCUCUUCUCUCUAUCAGUGCUUCUUUAAGAUACACGAAAUGGAAAGAAGUCGAAGCAGGGAUUUGAGGUCACACUUGGAAAUCGAACUAAGGAACCUCCCGCACAGAACUGCCGCGCUUUUACCGACUGCGCUAAUCCUUACUCCUAAACCUUCGUUUAUCCAUGAGGUAACGCCCCUUGCGGCUUACCUGACCAAACACUUUGCAAAUGUUUAAUUGACCUCCUGGUCAUUAGUUUGUUGACGGUGUAUGAGAAAUUAUACACCGUCAAAUAUCAUAAAUAGGAACAGUAAAAAUAUGGCGUAGUUAGCAUUUUACAGAAAGCAAGCUACGGAACGGAACCUUUAUAUUUUUUUAAUGACAGGCAGUUGUGUUUUAAAAACGCUUUUGUUGUUCUUGUUGUUGUUGCGCGUGGAACUGACUUAGAUCGUUUCCGUUUAUCCCUAGAGGCGAAACUCUACCUAAUCCUCCUUCCCUGUGCUGCUGGAAUCCUCUUGGUCUUUGUUAUAGUUUUUGCCAUUGUGUUCAUGUAUCGACGUCGUAGACUGACUUUACCGAGUGCUAGUCGUCCACGAAUGCAGAUGUCACUACUAAACGAUGAUGAUCACAUCAGCACCACUCAGAUAUCUGCCGAGGCUGAUCCACCAAACGAGGCAAACUUGCCAGUGUAUCGCCCGACCACACAGGCGAUAAAGAGCUAA